AACACAAGAAAACUAUCUUAGUUUAGGACAUCUAUUUCCAACAGAAGUUUAGAUGGAAAAAGAGAAUUUAUUUUUUACAUAAUAAGGAGGACAAGUUGAACGCCGUGAUCAUUAUGAUCACGAAGCAACUCAACAUUCUAAACUUCGCGACAGCAUAAAUUGUUAAAAGCAAAUUGAUUCAAAUCCAACAAAAUUUCUGCGGUUGGCAAAUAAUAUUAAGCAUUGAUCGCAUCAAAUUCAAUCGUUGAAAUCCACCAUUUUCGUCUGUUUUCGUUCUUCAAUCUCCACGAACAACAAUCUGUCCUCUGCUAGCCUAGAUGACUACUGGAAAUAUCCAAUUCCCCUCCCAACUUGCCAAAUUCGUCUUUCUUUCUCUCUCAACUUCAAUCUAUUUAGAAGCCUUUACAUUAUCGGUCGAAUUCUGAUUCCGAUCAUCAACUUAUUACCUUCAGUUGCAAUGAGUUUCGUUAAUGGAGUUUCUGCUGUGAUUCUCGAUCUCGAUGGAACCCUUUUGGACACUGAGAGGGCGACAAAAGAUGUGUUGAAGGAAUUUUUGGGAAAGUAUGGGAAAGUUUGGGAGAAGAAGAGGGAAGAGGAGAAGAGAUUAGGGAUGACCCAGAAAGAAUAUGCAGCUGCAAUUAUUAGGGAUUAUGGCCUUCCAUUGACACCAGAUCAAUUUAUUCAAGAAAUUACUCCCAUGUACAGGGAAAAGUGGCCUUCUGUUAAAGCACUUCCUGGUGCUGAUCGUCUUAUCAAACAUCUGUACUCUCAUAAGAUCCCGUUCGGGCUCGCUUCAAAUUCUUCAAGUGAAUAUAUCCAUGCUAAAAUUUCUUGUAUGAAAGGUUGGAGGGAUUGGUUUUCUGUGAUUCUUGGUAGUGACCAGGUUAUUGAAGGGAAACCUGCUCCUUAUCUAUUUGAAGAGGCAGCAAAGAGAAUGGGUGUAGAUGCUUCUCAUUGUUUAGUUAUUGAAGAUUCCUUGGUUGGCGUCAAAGCAGCUAAGGCAGCUAAGAUGAAGGUUGUAGCUGUCCCAUCCCGCGGGGAAAUUGAGUGUUCUUCCUUGGCAGAUGAAGUGCUUAAUUCCUUAUUAGAAUUUCAGCCUGAGCUGUGGGGUCUUCCCUUAUUUGAAGACUGGGUAGAUAGAACCUUACAAAUUGAUCCAAUAUAUGUGAGCUCUCAAUACGUUAAUGGGUCCAUGACUGAAAUCUCAGAGGAUGCAUCAAUACCUGACCAAGUUUUUGGAACAUUCUUCGGUUGGGCUGGCACUGGCACAGCUUGGACCAUCAAGGUUGUGGUUAACAUCGGAUGGAAUUGCAGUUCAUGUACAAAAAAGAACAGGAUCUGGAAACUAUGGUCAGUUGAUGGAUAUAAUAGCAAAGUAUUUGAGCAGCAAAUGCCAUUCAUGCUUGUUGGCUAUAUCCGCAGAUUGAAUAGCAAGGAUCUUACAAAUAUGGAUGUGAGAGAGAUUGAAGAGUUCAAGUAUAUUGCGAAGACGUCACUUGACCGACCUAUGUUUGUCAACCAUUCUUGCACAUCUCUUACUAUAGAAGAAACUUCUAGCAUUAAUGGAUGAUAUAGUUUGUAAUCCACCAGAUAUCACUGUGUUUUCUUUGAAGCCAUCAUUCUGGUUCAUGGGCAAUUUCAUUGCAAUUGCUUAUCUUCUUCAUGUGGAGAAAACGUAGUUCGAAAUAAUGUGUGACCACUGGCUCAAAUGAUGUUUAUUGUUAUCGUAUCUUUCUUUUCCAAGUAGACAAGAUACUCAAUAGAAAAAAAUCAAGUGAACAAGAUGAACAAUUAGUAUGGUUUCUUUAAUUUAA